AUGAGUUUUAAUCUAUUUGAUAAGGAAAUUAGUUUAAAUGGGACAUCAUCUAUAAAUAAUGUCAAUAAAAAUAAUGCCAUUACUGUCAAGCAGGGAAAUUUAUCUUUAGAAGAAGAAGAAAGAAUGUUACUGGAUGAAAUAAUACAACAACAGAACCAUCAACAACAACAACUGCAGCAGCAGCAGCAGCAGCAGCGAGUGUCCACACAAAAAAAUUUGACCAAUAACUCUAAUUUUUCCAUCAUGGACCUUUAUAAUAAUAAUAAUAAUAAUAAUAAUAAUAAUAAUAAUAAUAAUAACAGAAAUAAUACUAAUAAUCAUAACACAAGUCUGAAAAGUGAAAAUUAUUCUACGCCGAUAAUAUCUUUGAAAAAAGAAGGCGAGGACUCCGAUGUCCUUGAUAUAUCAUUCUUGAAAGAUAACAGUCAUUUCCAAAGAAUGCUUACGCCUAGUACUACUACCGAUAUACCAAAUUCUUUUCCCAUAAGUAAAAGGAAAAACUCAUCCUUUUCCUCAUCGUUAUCCGCGUCCAGAGCUUAUAAUAAUCGAAACCAGCUGACUUCAAGCCAACUUAAUAAUAGCACUCCAGAUAAUCAGCAAAGUAAAACACCACCACACACUUCUACACAAUUUAAUGACUUUUUAUUUGAACCUUACUCGUUUUUAGAUGAGGAAGCUUCAACUAUAUACACAGAUAAUUCAUCUACUUUGACUCCAAGUAUAAUCUCUGGUGGCGGUGCCGACUCAGAAACUUCUUCUAAUUAUGGUCAAUUCCUAUCAAACACAUUAAGAAAUUCCUCAUAUUUAUCUAAUAAUAAUAAUAAUAAUGGUAAUGGUACUGGCAGUAUUGUGGCUAGAAUGCAGAAUUUGGAUACCUUAAGUGUAAAAAGUUUAGGUUCAAGAGUUCUUGAUGCAAGGGUUUCUACCAAUGAUACUAAAAGUAUAGGUGGACGAAGUGCUACAUCCUCUGUUGCUAGUGGAUUUACCUCUAUUGAACAACAGAAAAUACAAAGAAAGAGAACUUCACAUAACGAGGUUGAAAGGAGACGCAGAGAAUUGAUUAAGUACAAGAUUAAGGAAUUAAGUACCAUUGUGCCAAAUGUCUUGUUUGAUGUCUAUAAGAAAAAUAAAACUACCAAACCUAAAAAAAGAAUAGUUUUAUGUGGUGCUAUAGAUUAUUUAAAAUUUUUGGAAAAAGUUAUUACCAUACAAAAUGAUAGGAAGAAUUUUAUUUUGCAUAAAAUAAAUGAGCUAGAGCAAAACGAGAGUAUCGGCACUCAUAUUGAAAAUAAAAAUGCCGAGGGUUUAACUAAUAAAAAAAACAACAAGACGCUCGCCGGCGAAGGAAUCAUAGAUACCAGAAUAGAUAUGAUACCCACUUCAAAUGACGGAUUUGAAUUUAUACCACUUCAUGUAUUGGAAACGGAUAACUGUAAUAAUAAUACUGCAAACAAUGCCGCUGAAGAAAAAGAUAAAACUGUAAAUACCACUAAUAGUGGCAAAAGCAAGGUCUCGGAAGAUGCUGAUUUGGAGCAAUUUUUAAGCGGUAAUAUAAUAGAGGCAGAGGAAAAUGCCAAGUUAUUAAAUGAUAUAGAUACCAGUUUUCUAUUGAACUUUUAUAAAUAG